CAGCUGAUUGGAAACAUGUGACUUGUUUUUCUCCUCUAUUCGAGUAACUAUGUUGUUAAAUCGUUUGCCUAGUCAAUUGUUUAAAUCAACUUUAAAAUCUAAUUCUAUAAUUAAUCUCACAUGUGUCAAGUGUUCAGAUUUUAGUAAACCUGAUAUUGGCAGGUUCAAUAUAAUAAAAAAAUGUAUUUAUGGGUUCAUCUUCUCAGGUGUUGUGGUUACCUCUUAUUAUGCUAGACAAGCAAUAGAGAAAAAAUCCGAAAUCUUAAAAGAAGCUAUUCGAUUAAACAACAAGAUUGGUCGCAUGACUUUAUAUAAAUUUCGAGAUUUCAUCUUGCCUGAGGAAGUUUUACCAGUGAUCAAGCAGUUGCCUGAAAUCAAAUUUAACUCCGAUGAUGUUAUUUUAUCGACAUUUCCAAAAACUGGUGUGACUUGGUUACAAGAAAUUAUUUGGCUUAUUAUGAACGAUUACAAUUUCGAUAAAGCUUUAUUAACUAAUCUGGAAGACAGAUUUCCAUUUCUGGAAUGGAUUUUACCCGGAAUAUCGGCCAUAAAUAAAAAACAAAGUCCGCGUCUAGUUAAAACUCACCUUCCUUUGAGUAUAUUAUUCAAUCAAGAAACCAAAAUUGAGCCUAAAGUUAUCUCUAUUACAAGAAACAUCAAGGAUGUCACAGUCUCGUACUAUUUUUUUGCUCGAAUGAACAAGCUGGUUGAUUAUCAAGAAUCAAUUGAAAUGUUUGUGGAACGUUUCGUCGCCGGAAAUAUAGCAUAUGGACCGUUGCAUAGGCAUUAUAUUGAUACUCUUAAAUAUUCGACCGUUGAUGGAAACAAAGUUCUUAUUGUUGCUUAUGAAGAUCUUCAUAAUGACUUUGAAGGAUCAGUAAAACGUCUUUGCACUUUCUUGGGCAAACCUUUUCCAAGUGAUGAAACCAUGGUUCAAUUAAAGAAGCAUUGUGAUUUCAGAUUUAUGAAAGUAAACCCCAUGGUUAAUUACAGUCAUUGGGAUGGCAUUGGUCUUCGCAAUUUGAAUGAAUCUCAAUUUUUUCGAGCUGGAAAAGUUGGUGAUUGGAGUAAUCACCUAUCUAAACCAUGUUCAGAAUUACUUGAUGACUAUUAUGAACUUCAUUUCAGAGGAUUAUUCAACUUCAAAGAGACAAUCGAUUGAUAAUGACCCAGACAGAGGUUUUCUUGACUUCAGAAUAGAUCGAACUCGUUAAUGAAGCUUUCAAACUGAACUUCUUAGAAAACUCAAAAAAUAAAUGAAGUUCCCUCUACUCAAUGAUACCUUUCGAUUUUUAAAUUAUAGAUAAAACAAUUAUUUGCUAA